AUGUCUGGUUGUGAGUGAGUGUUUGGUGGGGGAUCGCCUAAAGCUUACCGUAUGCUCCCCAGUCGAAACAGUUUGCGCAUAUACAGUUGAAGUCGGAAGUUUACAUACACUUAGGUUGGAGUCAUUAAAACUUGUUUUUCAACCACUCCACAAAUUUCUUGUUAAAAAACUAGAGUUUUGGCAAGUCUGUUAGGACAUCUACUUUGUGCAUGACACAAGUACAUUUUUCCAACAAUGGUUUACAGACAGAUUAUUUCACUUAUAAUUCACUGUAUCACAAUUUCAGUGGGUCAGAAGUUUACAUACACUAAGUUGACUGUGCCUUUAAUCAGCUUGGAAAAUUCCAGAAAAUGAUGUCAUGGCUUUAGAAGAUUCUGAUAGGCUAAUUGCCAUAAUUUGAGUCAAUUGGAGGUGUACCUGUGGAUGUAUUUCAAGGCGUACCUUCAAACUCAGUGCCUCUUUGCUUGCCAUCAUGGGAAAAUCAAGUCCGGUUCAUCCUUGGGAGCAAUUUCCAAAUGCCUGAAGGUACCACGUUCAUCUGUACAAACAAUAGUACGCAAGUAUAAACACCAUCGCACCACACAGCCGUCAUACCGCUCAGGAAGGAGACUUGUUCUGUCUCAUAGAGAUAAACGGAUUUUGGUGCGAAAAGUGCAAAUCAAGCCCAGAACUACAGCAAAGGACCUUGUGUGGUCCUCUGUAGCUCAGCUGGUAGAGCACGGCGCUUGUAACGGCAAGGUAGUGGGUUCGAUCCCCGGGACCACCCAUACGUAAAAAUAUAUGCACGCAUGACUGUAAGUCGCUUUGGAUAAAAGCGUCUGCUAAAUGGCAUAUUAUUAUUAUUAUUAUUAUUAUUAUUAUUAUAAGAUGCUGGAGGAAACAGGUACAAAAUGAUCUAUAUCCACAGUAAAACAAGUCCUAUAUCGACAUAACCUGAAAGGCCGCACAGCAAGGAAGAAGCCACUGCUCCAAAACCGCCAUAAAAAAGCCAGACUACGGUUUGCAACUGCACAUGGGGACAAAGAUCGUACUUUUUGGAGAAAUGUCCUCUGGUCUGAUGAAACAAAAAUAGAACUGAGGAAAAAGGGGGUGCCUUGCAAGCCAAAGAACCGUGAAGCACGGGGGUGGCAGCAUCAUGCUGUGGGGGUGCUUUGCUGCAGGAGGGACUGGCAUCUUGAGGAAGGAAAAUUAUGUGGAUAUAUUGAAGCAACAUCUCAAGACAUCAGUCAGGAAGUUAAAGCUUGGUCGCAAAUGGGUCUUCCAAAUGGACAACGACCCCAAGUAUACGUCCAAAGUUGUGUCAAAAUAGCUUAAGGACAACAAAGUGAAGGUAUUGGAGUGGCCAUCACAAAGCCCUGACCUCAAUCCUAUAGAAAAUGUGUGGGCAGAACUGAAAAAGUGUGUGUGAGCAAGGAGGCCUACAAACCUGACUCAGUUACACCAGCUCUGUCAGGAGGAAUGGGCCAAAAUUCACCCAACUCAUUGUGGGAAGCUUGUGGAAGGCUUCCAGAAACAUUUGACCCAAGUUAAACAAUUUAAAGGCAAUGCUACCAAAUACUAAUUGAGUGUAUGUAAACUUCUGACACACUGGGAAUGUGAUGAAAGAAAUAAAGUCUGAAAUCAAUCAUUCUCUCUACUAUUAUUCUGACAUUUCACAUUCUUAAAAUAAAGUGGUUGUCACGCUCUGGCUCCGGGACUUUGUAUUAUUGAGCCAGGGUGUGUUCAUUUUUGUUGUGUUUGGGGAUUAGUUGGGUUGUUAUUGGUUGUUUCAUUGUUUGGUCCGUUGACUCCCAAUCGGAGGUAACGAGUGUCAGCUGUCGGCUCGUUAUCUCUGAUUGGGAGCCAUAUUUAAACUGUGUGUUUUCACCUUGUGUUUGUGGGUUUUUGUUCUAUGUUCAGUCGUUGUCACUGAGGACUUCAUGAUCGUGUUUUGUUUUGUAUUCUCGUGUAGUUCAUUAAAGUCAAUAUGUUCGCUACCAACGCUGCGCUUUGGUCCUAUUUCAUAGAGGAUCGUGACAGUGGUGAUCCUAUCUGACCUAAGACAGGGAAUUUUUACUAGGAUUAAAAGUCAGGAAUUGUUAAAAACUGAGUUUAAAUGUAUUUGGCUAAGGUGUAUGUAAACUUCCGACUUCAACUGUAUUAUGACACAUUUUUGUGACAUUUCUGUGCGUUUUGGUCUUCUGCAAGGUUUUUCGGCUUUCUUGAGGCAAGUUGAAGUUCGGUAUCCUAAGUCUACUCCCCUCUGUUGGUUGAUAGGUCAACAGUAGGAGUGGAAACUAUGUACGGGAUUCUUCAAUUAAGUGUUUUUUUGUCAUUCAACGAGAGACAACUAGUUUUCAUGCAAAUGUUUUCACUUUAGAAAUGCUGCACCGAACAUCUUAGUUAGAUGUCAAAUUGUGCGAAAAGACCUCCUUGGCAAAAAAGCCUAUUAUUUGGCAGGGAAUACUAUUUGUAGAUCAGUGAUUCUACACCUCACUUUGAUCAAGCUAGUCCUCUCCAACGGACUCUAAAAAUUGGUCAAUUAGGGGAAGUUUAAGGGGAGUCAGUGAAACCAACCCUGGAAGUAUAUUGUGGCGAAUUCGGGGGGGAGCAGCGACCGCCCCUCAUGAAAAGGUACUACUGAAUUACUACUCAUCACUACUACACAAUAUCUACAUAAAACCUACAGGUUUACCACUUGAUUGCUAUUGAGAUGUGUAGUAAAUUAAGAAGUAAUGAGUGAUAAAUUGGGACUUUUCACUUCUGGUGAACACUACUUAUUUCCUAUACAAAUCACUAUAUAAUUAUCCCUUAAUGACUACUGUGUAACUACUGAGCUUUUGGGUACCUACUACUUAAAACCUACACACAUGUUGUCUAGUACUGUCUUUUUGCGAGCUAGGACCAUCUACUUUAAGUUCUGCCUGUCUUCCGAGCAUCCUACUUGGUGUGUGAACUGCUGACUGCUCAUAACUUGCAGUUGAUUGUUGACACAUCAACCAGGACUAAGUGGCAAGGUAAUUUGUGACAGUUGUGGUUUUGGUAAUCAGUGUCAGCGGCGGUCUCGUCGUCAAAACUAAGACCGUCGCCGGAAACAAAGGCGGUUCUGACAAGUUAUUAGAGGAAGGAAAGAGAGAAAGUCUCCACACCACUCUAUUACCUUAGUAUUUUACCUAGUUAUUUUCAGAUUAUCUCAUUUAUCUCUUUUGUAGUUUUGGCAACUAUGUGUGUGUUUUCUAUCCCAGUUUGCUCCACUCCCUGUAGGCUUUACAGACGCUCCCCACCCCUUGGCAGCAACCCUUCUAAUUUAGUGUACCCUGCGCGCACAACCCAUGUGGAAUUCCUGGUCUCCGGCAGCAUUUGGAACUGCCGAUCUGCGGUCAAGAAUACAGAGUUCAUCUCAGCCUAUGGUGCCCUUCAGUCCCUACACAUUUUGGACCUGACAGAGACAUGGAUCACCCCAGAGAACACUGCUGCUCUCUCUUCAUCUGACUACGUUUUUUCUCAUAGUCCGAGAGCAUCUGGUCAUCGCGGUGGUGGCACAGGGCUGCUCAUUUCUCCUAAGUGGAGAUUUUCUAUUUUCUCCCUCACUCACCUGUCCAUCUCCUGAUUUGAAUUCCAUGCUGUCACUCCAAGCUUGUCCACUCAAGCUUAACAUUAUUGUAAUCUAUCGCAAACCAGGUGCCCUUAGAGAGUUCCUCAAUGAGCUUGACACCUUGAUAAGAUAAUUUCCUGACGAUGGCUCACCGCUCUUCAUACUGGGCGACUUCAACCUCUCGAUGUCUGCCUUCGAUUCAUAUUCUUUCCAACUCUUUCUUUCCCCUCCUUGCCUCUUUUGACCACACACUUUCCCAGUCCCCUCCCACUCACAAGGCAGACAAUACGCUUGACCUCGUCUUUACUAGAGGCUGUUCGCCUACUAAUCUCACAGCAACCCCCCUCCAGGUCUCUGAUCACUACUUUGUUUCCUUUUCUGUUAACCAUGUGGUCAUGCGCCGUCGCAAUCUCUCUCUCUCCCACUACUCUCUCCUCUUCUAUCCUAUCAUCUCUCCAUUCUGUCUCCUGAUUCUGCGUCUUCGACCCUACUAUCCUCCCUUUCCGCAUCCUAUGACCCCCAUUGUCUCCUUUCCUCCCGGCCGGCUCAGCCCCGCGACUCAUUGCGAGCUUACAGAACAGGGCUGCGGGCAGCUGAGCGAAAAUGGCGGAAAACUAAAUUUCCGGAAGACAUAUCAUCCUUUAACUCCCUCCUCUCUACUUUCUCUUCCUCUGUAUCCACUGCUAAAGCCACUUUCUAUCCUGGCAAGUAGCCUAGUGGUUAAGAGUGUUGGGCCAGUAACUGAAAUGUUGCUGGUUUGAAUCCCCGAGCCAACUAGGUGAAAAAUCUGUUUACGUGCCCUUAAGCAAGCCACUUAACCCUAGUUGCUCUGGAUAAGAGUGUUUGCUAAAUGAAUAAAAUGCAACAAAAAAAGGUCUGUAUCCACUGCUAAAGCCACUUUCUAUCACUCUACAUUUCCAGCUUCUGCCUUUGACCCUAGGAAACUCUUUUCCACUAUCCUCCCUCCUUAAUCCUCCACCCCCUCCCUCCUCCCUCUCUGUGGACGACUUUGUCAACCACUUUGAAAAGAAGGUUGACGACAUUCACUCAGCCUAUUAAAUCCACUGGUCCCACUCACAGAGAACUACCCUACACCUUGACCUCUUUUUCCCCUCUCUCUCCAGAUGAAAUCUUGCGACUAGUGAGAUCGGGCGGCCCGAGAACCAAUUCCCUCCUAUCUUCUCCAGUCCACCUCUGGAGACCUCCCAUUCCUCACUUCCCUCAUCAACACAACCUUAACCAUUGGCUGCAUCCCCUCUUACUUCAAAAUGGCCCGAGUCGCUCCCCUCUUUUCUUUCCAAAACACUUGACCGUGCUGUCUCUGACCAACUCUCUCGCUAUCUUUCUCAGAGCGAUCUUCUUGACUCUAACCAGUCAGGCUUCAAGACGAGUCAAUCAACCGAGACUGCUCUUCUCUGUGUAACGGAGGCUCUCCGCACUGCCAAAGUUGACUCUAUCUCCUCUGUUCUCUUCCUCCUAGAUCUAUCCGUUGCCUUCGACACCGUGAACUAUCAGAUCCUCCUCUCCACCCUCUCAGGGCUGGGCAUCUCAGGCUCUGCACACUCUUGGAUUGCAUCCUACCUGGCAGGCCACUCCUACCAGGUGAUGUGGAGAGGAUCUGUGUCUGCACCACAUACUCUCACUACUGGUGUCCCUAAGGCCUCGGUUCUAGGCCCUCUCCUCUUCUCUCUAUACAACAAGUAACUCAGUUCCGUCAUAUCCUCACAUGAUCUGUCCUAUCAUUGCUAUGCGGAUGACACUCAACUACUUUUCUCCUUCCACCGUUCUGACACCCACAUGGUGACACAGAUCUCUGCAUGCCUGGCAGAUAUUUCAGCUUGGAUGUCUGCCCACCACCUCAACCUCGACAAUACGGAGCAGCUCUUCCUCCCGGUGAAAGCCUGCCCGCUACAAGACCUCGCCAUCAUGGUUGACAACUCCACGGCGUCCCUCUCCCAGAGUGCAAAGAACCUUGGCGUUACACUGGACAACACCCUGUCGUUCUCUGCAAACAUCUAAGCAGUGACUCGCUCCUGCAGGUUCAUACUCUAAAACAUCCAUAGAGUAUGACCCUACCUCACACAGGAAGCUGCGCAGGUCUUAAUCCAGGCACUUGUGCCAUCAAACCCCGGCAACUUAUCCAGAAUGCUGCAGCCCGCCUGGUGUUCAACCUUCUCAAAUUCUCCCAUGUCACCCCAUUCCUCCACACACUCCACUGGCUUCCAGUCGAAGCUCGCAUCCACUACAAGACCAUCGUACUUGCCUACAGAGCAGCAAGCAGAACUGUCCCUCCCUUCAGGCUUUGCUCAAUCCCUAAACCCCAACCUGAGUACUCCAUUCUGCCACCUCUGGUCUCGUGACCCUCCCACCCCUACGGGAGGGCAGCUCCCGAUCAGCCCAGUCCAAGCUCUGCCCUGGCACCCCAAUGGUGGAACCAGCUUCCCCCUGAAGCUAGGACAGCAGAGUCCCUGCCCAUUUCCCCAAAACAUCUGACACCAUACCUCUUCAAAGAGUAUCUUAAAUAAUUUCAAUUUACAUAGGCUUUCUAGGGCAGAUCAGGGCUUUUGGCACCGCUAGGUUGCUACAAGCAGAACUCGUGACUUCACGCUCGAGAUCGGACACUGGGGGCCUGUUUUCAACACACCAACACAAUACAUGUAUUUGAUUGUUCCAUCGUUACCAUUGCACCAUGAGGUGGCCUAGGCAGAGCGCUCCUGUACAUUUGGUAAAAAUUUAAUACUUUUUAAGUGUUAUUUGUUUAUCUUUUUACUUAAUUUUAUGUGUAGAUUAAGUCUUGAUUGCAGCUAUUUGUUUCCUGCCUGUGAAUUUAUGACAAAUCAGCUUUCUCAAGAUAGCUAGGUAGCGAUACUACCAGGCUGGCUAGCUAAUGUUGUAUUUUGAUUUGAAUAUCCCCCAGCCUAUUUUUUGUUGUUUCUAUGGUCUCCUGACCCAAUGAGGAGGACUUAUGCAUGGCAAGCUGGCAGUGAUGUCUUCUUCACUCGGGAAGUUUCCUCCGAAGUAAGUUAUGAGUGGGAUGCCAUCAUAAUAUCCUGAGUGAGUGGAGACUGGAGAGCUCAAAAACAAACUUCUCGUUUUACGCUACAAGACCUGAGAGUCAACUGCUACGGAGAAGAGGCAGUCAGAUGGCGGGGACGGCAAGGUGAGACACCUUCAAUGGAGAGUGAACUGUGCUGCCUGCCUACCUUCGGAGGACCUGCUCAUCUCCCCCUGUUGACCUCUCUCUGCUCAAGCCUCGUGGUUCCAUUUUGACUGUAGUGCCAUCUGUGGAUGCUUGAAACGCUCAAAACUUUCAACACUGUUUGAAAAUUGUAGUCCAGACCUACUUUACCCUAUAGCUGUUUUAUUUUAUUCUGGUUUGUUUAGCUUUUUCCAGCGCUUCAAAAAAAAUGUGUAAUGAAAAGCACUAUAGAAGUUUAAUAAAUUAUUAUUUAUUAUUAUGUAAAUCUACAGUUUGGGAAACACUGCCUUAAACUGCCCCUAAUUGACCCCAAAUUUUUUGGGAGAGGAUCAGCUUGAGAAAAGUGAGGUGAAGAAUCACUCCUCUACAAAUAGUAUUCCUUUCCAAAUAAUUUGUGCAAUUAAGAUUCGUAAAGCUACACCUUCACUGGCUUAGGCGAUCCCCCCACCAAACACUCAUGCACAAUCAGAUAUUCAUUGAUUGAUUGGAGACAGCUUGUGUCAAUUAAAUAACAUUUCCUAGGAUUUUAUACCUGUAGCAAACCUAGUGGAGAAUGAUGGAAAUACAACAACAAAAAAAUUAAAAUAAUAACAACUAGGGUGUAGUCAUUACUCAGAUUCAGGUAGGUCCCUCCCUGUUUGCUGAACCUGUCCAAUAGAUACGCUAGUUUUCGUUGCAAAAAGGAACGUUUUGCAACUGUUUGGAGUAAUGAUUACACCCCUGGCCCUAACUAUAACACACAGGGAAACAGGUUGUAACAGUUUCCCUUAAGAAUGUGGUAUACUUUGCAUUGUAUCAGAAUAUCCUUCUAUAAAGCAACAUCCUCUUCACAAGUCAUGUGUUGGGAUGGAGAUCUGUAGUGUGGUAACCUAUGUAGCAAGCAUCAGUGUAAAGGGGUGUUCUGACAUUUCCUGGUUUCAUAAAAGUUUUGCAAGGCUGGAUCCAUCUAACUCUAUGAAAUGUGACAAUGGUGCAACCAAGUACUUUUGCAUGGCACUGUGUAACCCAUAGGCAAUAUGAUGUAUUAAAAAACAAGGUGUGCGUGUGAUAGGCGGGGAGGACGGGGUCUUAAUAAGGUCUGGUACAGAAUAAAUUGAAAAGUAUCGAACACAUUUCCUCACUGUUCCACAGGCCCUCUUCCAGCCCCCUCCCUCUCUUUCCACCGCUCCAGUUCUGGCCGCAACAUCGAACUUUUCUCAGACGUGGAGCUGAUAUGCACUCUUCCGAUAAAUGUUCGCUUUCCAGUAACUGUCUCUUUUGGCUGGGACAACCAAUCCCUCUCUGCGAUAGAUUCCCUCACUAUACAAUCCAGAGACAAUGUCAGGUUCACCACGAAAGCCAUUGCAGCCAAUGAGGGGAUCUACGUAUGCUGGUACAAUGCCACCAGUACUGGAGACGUGUCGGGAACAAGCAAUCCAGCCAACCUCACCAUCUGUAAGUGUGUCGUAAUGUCUCUAACUCUCUUAUUACAGAUCAUCAUGUAAUGUUUAACAGAUGCCCCUCUUCACUUAAAAAAAAUUAAAAUAUAUAACAGAUAUACAACUUCCUCUCGGAUAAUGGCUGAACUAUGCAUCUUUUAGCCUCCCCAAGAGGCUAAAAUAUAUUGCGACGAAUACAACAGGUGUAGACCUUACUUACAAGACCUUAACCAACAUUGCAGUUCAAGAAAUAGGGUUAAGAAAAUAUUUACUAAAUAAACUAAAGUAAAAAAGACAAUAAAAAGUAACACAAUAAAAUAACGAGGCUAUAUAAAGGGGGUACCGGUACCGAGUCAAUGUGAGGGGGUACAGGUUAGUCGAGAUAAUUUGUACAUGUAGGUAGGGGUAAAGUGGCUAUGCAUAGAUAAUAAACAGUGAGUAGCAGCAGUGUAAAACCAUCUCUAACCAAUCAGAGUAUCUAAGCCAAUGACACAUUUUCAAACUGCCGCUUUACCCACGUGUGUUCUGGCUUUGGCCCAACCCAUCGGUUUCUGGACCAAUCAGACGGCCCCAAAUGUGUUCGCAUUUGGGGAAGGGUCAGGGGGUGUACUCAGAUCCGGACUCAUCGCGGAGAAGAAACUAAUGCUGUGGGCGUGGCGUAGCAUUUGGCCGGAGCAAGGAGUCAGGGUAGCCAGGCAAAAAAUUACUUGGUUGCAACGAAAAAACAGCGGAAUAAAACUAGCAGGCCAGCUGAUCUGAUGCUGUUAUGGUGUCAAGCUUGAUACAAGACAGCGGAAAUAUUCAUUGUCUGUAUUCACUACUGCUGCAGAAUUAGUCCUACACCAUGAUUUUUGCCAUACAUAAAAUGUGUAAGGUAUGGCUCAUUGUCAUUCAGUUGUAGGGCUAUGGAAUGACUGUCAAAUAGAUACAUCGCCGUUAGUCUGCUCAAAUAUCAAGAUUAAAAUGGUCCGAUGAUGAUACCUACCAGAGGGCAAAAUUGUCUUGAAAAAUGUUGGUUGCAAAUAGGACUAAAAGACAGAGGAAGAUGUGAAGCGAGAGGGUUUACUCCACCCAAAAGCUGUCCAUGUUAAGCAGAUCAUUAAUCAUUAAGCUAGUGGGGAGUUUUCGUAUGGGGGGCAAUGAGAGAAUGUCGAAUUUAGUCAAUAAAAAAAAUGAAUUGCUAUUUUGAAACGUCAGGCUUAUUUGAUCUAGUAGAAGUUUCGUAAUGCUUAGGUUGUUACGAGUGUACUGAUAUUCACUCACCGGACAGUUUAUUAGGUACAAUCUAGUACCGGGUCGGACCCAGAACAGCCUGAAUUAUUUGGGGCAUUCUACAAGGUGUCGGAAAUGUUCCACAGGGAUGUUGGUCCAUGCUGACACAAUGGUAUUACGCAGUUGCUGCAGAUUGGACGGCAGUACAUUCAUGCUGCAAACAACCCAUUCAACCCCAUCCCAAAUAUGCUCUAUUGGGUUGAGGUCUGGGGACUGCUCUGGCCACUCAAAUAAACUGAUCUUGCUGUCAUGUUCUAGGCAAUGUUUUUCCUCUCCUCAAUUGUCCAGUGUUCGUGAUCGUGUGCCCACUGGAGCCGCUUCUUCUUGUUUUUAGCUGAUAAGAGUGGAACCCGGUGUAGUCAUCUGCUGCAAUAGCCCAUUCCGUCAAGGAUCAACGAGUUGUGUGUUCCGAGCUGUCGUUCUGCACAACACUGUUGUACUGCACCGUUAUUUGUCUGUUUGUGGCCCGCCCGUUAGCUUGCACGAUUCUUGCCAUUCUCCUUCGACCUUUCUCAUCAACAAGCUGUUUUCCAGGACUGCCUCUGACUGGAUGUUUUUUGUUUGUCGCACCAUUCUCGGUAAACCCUAGACACUGUCAUGUGUGAAAAGCCCAGGCGGGUGGCCGUUUCUGAGAUACUGGGUCUGGUGUGCCUGGCACCGACAAUCAUACCAUGCUCAAAGUUGCUUAGAUCACUUGUUUUGCCCAUUUUAACGUUCAAUCGAACAGUAACUGAAUGCCUCGAUGCCUGUCUGCCUGCUUUAUAUAGCAAGCCACGUGACUCACUUUCUGUAGGAGCGAUCCGUUUUCGUGAACGGGGUGGUGUGCCUAAUAAACUGGCCGUUGAGUGUAAGUGUGAUGCACGUGACAUCCCGGCAACUUUGAGAAAAAGCACUUUAUAUCGGAAUUCGAGACUGUGCAUAUUUAUGAGACAAGCAUCUCACUCUCCAUUGAAUACAGGCGGUUGACGUCAACACCCUUUGAAUAUUCAAAAAAGUAUUAAAAUAACGAGAUGUAUCCACCAAUCCAAAGAAAGGAAUAGACUGGGGCAGCCAGCCGUUCCACUCUGUGGACAACAAACCCUAUUGUUAGGCCAGAGGCACAAGCUUCUCGUCAUUAUAUCCAGUGUCCCUGAUGAACAAUAACACCGACGUCCGUGUUAAGGCACUUAUAGACGGGCCGCGGUAACUGGCGAAGGUCUCAUAGACUUAAUGGGAGUAGGAAGUCAGGCAGCAAAACGCAAGUAGUUUUGCAAGCGGCACAGUUCAGGGUGCUCGCACCCGUGAGCGGCACUGCUGGAUCGGUGCUCGGGGCGCCAAAAGAUGAAAUUAGCUGAAGUCUUGUGCGGCCGAUGCACAUCGUUGACCAAUGAGCAGAAUUCAUCAACCAAUCAAACAAUGUUUUAAUGACAGCAUUCGAGCUGACAACAACCAGGACCGCUGGUCUCUACACACGGUAGGCAGAUUUUCUCACGGUUCAAUUGCCGUUGACCGUGGCCCGUCUGCAAGCACCUUUAUCGGGCGGUAAAUUGGUGGUGGAUAAUGGUUGCAAUUGAGAUCAGCUGUGCGGGUGAUUUUACCUCGUAUUGAUGGUUUAACGAGAGAUCAGUUGGCAAUAAUCUAGUGGCCAUCAGGGGUUGUCGCAAUACGGCUUGAAUCGAUCCCUAAGUCAUUAUGAUUACUGAAACCUACAAAGGAACAAAUAGCCAAGAGAUGAAGACUUAAAGAGAGAACUGUCCAUCAAUAAAUGUAUGACAUUCACUGUCCUAUCUCUCUCACCCUCUUAUCUCUCUCCAUCUGUCCUCUCCACUCGAACAGCCUCUCUCCCAGCGCCGAAGUUGGUUGUGCCCGCCUUCAUACCCAUUGGAGGAAACUACACCGUGAACUGCCAAACUACCACCCACUUCCCCAACAGAACCCUGGCCCUUUACUACAGAGAGCUGCCUGUUACUGUGGGAAAUGAGAUCUUUAAGCUUAGGGGGUUAGCGGCCCUGCUUGACAUCCACGAUUCCAUAACACUGAGCAGGUGGCUAGUGGACGGCACAGAAACCUUUGAGUUUGUCUGCAGACUGGAGAUUGUGGACUUCAACCAGCAUAUUUACCUCUCUCCUCCCUCCAGUCCCCUCCCAGCUAUUGCAGGUCAGUGUAUGAGCUCAGGAAGAGAUAAUAGUCAAUUGGCCUACAGUAAUGAUGCUGUGUUGUACUGUAAUGUAACGUAAUGUGUUGGCAGUCUGCAGGCACUGAAUAUGACCAGAGUCCAGUAAAAAGCAUGAGCUGACGCACACCCAAAAACUGUUUGUAGAGGUGUUAACUAAAGGAGAGUAAACUGUAUAAAAAUACGAAAGAAAGUCGACACCUGUAUAUUUAAUAGGUAAACAAAUGUUUUGGCACUCAGUGCCCUCUUCAAGAAGGCACUGUGAGUCGAAACGUUGGUUUAUCUAGUAAAUUGUUGUGAGCAAACAGUAUAUGCAUGUGACUUUUCUUCUUUAUUUUUUAUACUGUAUAUGACCAGAUUAAAAUGACUAACUAAAAAGUAACCUGUUGAAUAUGUAAUAUGUCCUCUGACCCUCCACCCUGCUUCUCACAGAGGAGGCCCCUAUCCGUCUUGUGCCCCAGUAUCAGGGCUCCGAGUGUCUGGGACAACUGGAGGUGCAGGUCAGAGGCAGCUGGGGCCCUGUGUGCCAAGACAGAGUUUCUGUCCAACAGUUAGAAAGCUGGAACCGGGCAAUGGGUAGCGUGGUUUGUCGAGAGCUGGGCUGUGGGACACUAUUUUCCGUCUCGACGAAGCAAGACUACAACCGUAAGGUUGAUGACUUCUCCAUGGGGUCCAUAUUGUGCAGAGGAAGCGAGGGACGACUCAGGGAGUGUCAGAUUGAUGAGGUGCAGCCCCUUUGUAGCUUUAGGAAGGGGGUGAAAAUGGUUUGCUCAGGUGGGUAGAGUGCAUUCUUCAUCAAGUUGUGUUGGUUGGUGUUAAUGCUGUACUACUCUUUAACAGGUUGUUGGUUAUUAAAUUGCCAUCAGGGCAGGGUUUUUCCCAAUCCUGGUCCUGGGGACCCAAAGGUCUGCACAUGUUUGUUGAUAGCCCAGCACUAACUCAGCGGAUUCAACUUAAAAACUACUCAUCGAGCUUUUGAUAAGUUGAAUCAGGUGUGUUAUUGUUGGUUUUGAAUCCAACCCUUUGGGUCCGCAGGAUUGGGAAACACUCUGUAAGGGUGUUACCUAAUAUUUUGUGACACUGUUUUGACCAGAUACUUGUAUUUUGAAGAUUUGUUGCUUUUUAUAUUUUGAAUGGAUUUUUCUCACAGUAAGAGCCUAAGGUCUUGUUUUCUGUACUAUUUUUCCAAUCUCAAAUCCUCUCCCUCUGCCUGUAGAUGCUCUGCCAACUCCCAAGAUCUCAGUCACAGGCUACAGAGAGGUAUCUAGAGUCGACAUCAGUGAUGAGCACUCGUUGGAAUUGUCCUGCAUGUUCAAUGCCCCUUGGUUUGGUACGGAAAAGGUAAUACUGUAGCUCCUUACAAUACUGCCCUACAGUAACUUCGCUAACAGUGAAACUGAGAAAAAUGGCUUCAAAGUUGUUUUGCUAGCCAGCCAAAUAUGUUGUAGGUAGAUAAGUGAUAAUGCAUUGAUGUAUCAUCCUAUUAUGAAGUAAUUCUUAUGCAUAUCAACCAUGCCCACUGAUCUGACCUAUGAACCCUAAAAUGCUACUGGGUGUAUGCAAGUACUGUCUAUGUCAACAACAUUUCCAUUGGUGAUGUUUCUUCACAUAAUUUUCCUCAGCUUUCCAUGUACUUGACGAGGGUCUCCACAGAGUCGUACAUUAACAUAAUCGACAAUGAGCCAAUCGCCUCAGGGGAGGAGUUGAGGACCAUGCUUCAUGCCCCUGUCAUAUCAGGGGAGUAUGCCUGUAGAAUUAUAAGGUCUGAACAGACUGGGUCCUCAGUGAGGAUCUUCGUGAGCAGUGAGUACCUAUGUUUUCUUGCUUUACUAAAAGCAACUCCAUCUAUAUAUAGGUAAUCACAGUAUGUCUGCCUCUCCCCUCCUCUGUACUGUAAUCGAGUACUACAGUGCAAUCCACAUAAUGACUGUGUCUGAAUGAUCUUACACUCCAUACCCAAUGCUCGCAGUUCACUGUAACUGUUGUGUUCUCUCUUCCCUUUCAACAGAAUGGCACAAACCAAAUGUUGGACUCAUCAUCACAGCUCUCCUCACAGCCGUAUCUGGAGUGGCCAUAUUAGUGUAUAUGUGUGUCUAUCGUGUCCAGAAGGGGGAGACAACAAAUGCUGUCACUUCUCAGGGGGUGUCCACAGCUGGCCCAGAGGCACCAGGAAUGGAGGGAGUGUCCAGAAACAUGCAGGAAGCUCUCUCCGAAAACCUCCAUACAACCCCUGUGCAGUAGAUCGUUUUUGUGUAUUUACAAUUCAAUUAAAUGUAUGGACCUGUCUGAAACUUCACCCUAAACCCUAUAUAGUGCCCUACUUUCUACCAGUCAUGUGACUAUGGUGAAUAUGUUGUGCACAAUAAAGGGACCCACUAGGCACAGACUGGUUGAAUCAAUGUUGUUUC